CCGGCGGCGCGCUCGUGGCGGUUUCGGUACCCGGGUCCGGGAGCGCCGCGUCGUUCCCGGGCGGCGGCUGGGCUAUGGUGGCGGCUCCCUCGCGCCCCGCCCCGGCCGAGCAGAGUCGCCGUCGCAGGACGCGCCCGAGCGCGAGCGGCCGCCUGAGCCCGGCUCCGCGGCGCGCCCCCUCCGAUGGCGGCGGAGAUCCAGCCCCGGGCGCUGGUCCGAAAGCCGGUGCUGCUGCAGCGCGUGGAGGGCUCCCAGGAGGUGGUGAACAUGGCAGUGAUCGUGCCCAAGGAGGAGGGCGUCAUCAGCGUCUCGGAGGACAGGACAGUCCGUGUAUGGUUAAAGAGAGACAGUGGACAGUAUUGGCCAAGCAUAUGCCAUGCAAUGCCUUCUCCAUGUUCAUGCAUGUCUUUUAACCCGGAAACAAGAAGACUGUCCAUAGGUCUAGACAAUGGUACCAUCUCAGAAUUUAUUCUAUCAGAAGAUUAUAACAAGAUGACUCCUGUGAAAAAUUAUCAAGCACACCAGAGCAGAGUCACGAUGGUCCUGUUCGUCCUGGAACUGGAGUGGGUGCUGAGCACAGGCCAGGACAAGCAGUUUGCCUGGCACUGCUCCGAGAGCGGGCAGCGGCUAGGAGGUCACCGUACCAGUGCAGUGGCCUCCGGUCUGCAAUUUGAUGUUGAAACCCGACAUGUGUUUAUCGGUGACCAGUCAGGCCAAGUGACCAUCCUCAAGCUGGAACAGGACAACUGCAACCUGGUUACAACGUUCAGAGGACACACAGGUGGGGUGACCGCUCUCUGCUGGGAUCCUGUCCAGCGAAUCUUGUUCUCCGGCAGCUCAGAUCACUCUGUUAUCAUGUGGGACAUCGGCGGAAGGAAAGGAACGGCCAUCGAGCUCCAAGGACACAAUGACAAAGUCCAAGCCCUCUCCUACGCUCCGCACACUCGCCAGCUCAUCUCGUGUGGUGGGGAUGGUGGCAUUGUCGUCUGGAACAUGGACGUGGAGCGGCAGGAGACUCCCGAGUGGCUGGACAGUGAUUCCUGUCAAAAGUGUGACCAGCCUUUUUUCUGGAACUUCAAGCAAAUGUGGGACAGUAAGAAAAUUGGCCUGAGACAGCACCACUGCCGCAAGUGCGGGAAGGCCGUGUGCGGCAAGUGCAGCUCCAAGCGCUCCUCCAUCCCUCGGAUGGGCUUCGAGUUUGAAGUGCGGGUGUGUGACAGCUGCCACGAGGCCAUCACAGAUGAAGAACGUGCCCCUACCGCCACGUUCCACGACAGCAAGCAUAACAUCGUGCACGUGCACUUUGAUGCCACGAGGGGGUGGUUGCUGACUUCCGGGACUGACAAGGUCAUCAAGUUGUGGGAUAUGACCCCAGUAGUGUCUUGAUGAAUCAGAAAGAUAGCAUCUCCUCAAGAAACGGUCGGUUCAUCCAAGUCAUUACCGGAGCCGUGAAAGACGCCUGAGAAGUGAGAGAAGAACCUGCCUUAGUUAGCAUUACCUGUGCACACGUGAGCGCGUGGGCGACCCUCCCGAGGGAACUCUUUCAACCUGUUCAUACAAUAUCAAAGAAGAUAUUUUUUUAACAAAUGGUUUAUACUGUCUGGCUGUGCUUCGUUGUCUUGAGUAUACUGAAAACCCCGUGUGGGAUGUUUAAUUUUUCUAUUUUUCAGCACUUCGUUUUGGCUGUGGCCCUGUGUGGUGGAGGAACGAGGCAGAGUCUGUCCAGGGGGCUGGGGUCAUUAUAAAAAUGUUCCCGUGUGUUCUUUACUUCGGCAGGAAUCACAUCAGCGUCUUUCUCUCCAGCUCCCUCCCUCCCCUCUGCCGUUCUUCCGAGUGUCUCUAUUCCCCCCUCUUACAGUGUUUCUGCUUUCAUACGAGCCCUCAACUUAGAGGUGUAGAAAACCAUUUUUGUGGAUUUACCAACCGACUUCUGGAAUCAUGCCAGGAAUGAUUUGCUUGUAAUGUCUCGCUCCUUCGUGUUCCCUCCGCGCAGAGAUGACCUGUGUGUCCGCUUUCUGUCUUUCCUGCCCUGUGGUCAGAACUCAGCACCUCAGCCCUCGGUGCCUGGACCCUUUUAGUUCAGUUGGGCCUUCAAAGUCUUUUCUGUUUCAGUUUUACUGACUCGGCUCUUUCUCACUCAUGAUACUAAAAAGAAAAUGAGAAGCAAAAGUCUGUCCUUCACCACAGGUUGCUAAGACAUGUUUUUCCAUGUGGCGUCACCUCUGACCUUGAAUGUGUUAGUGACAGCAAGAUUGUAUGCUGCUCUCCUCGCCUUCUGUAUGUGGUCCCCCUUAAGAGCUAGAUAUUAAAGAUUUUUAUCUUCCUGUAUUUUUAUCGGAACACUUUGCACAUUUUCAUACUUAAAAACAAUGUGAUUUCAGGCAAAAGGUACUGACUCCUAUAGUUUAUGCUAUGUUCGUGUUGGAAAUAUUUUGUUGAUUUUCUUAAGUGAACCUGAAGAACUCUCAAUGUGAAGGGAAUCCAGACACACCUGAUAAAGUGAAAUAUUGUCAUGUAUAGUGACAUGACAAUCAUACCAGCUUGGGAUAUGGAAAUCUUUGGUUUGGGAUUCGGCUUGUUUUCCUGGUGUUGCUGGGGUUCGAGUCCUGUCUCCCGCAGGCAAGCAUCCCCUCUGCAGCCGAGCAGCAUCCCUGGCCCCAGGCGAUCUGUAAAAAUAACCUUCUUUUCAGGCCAGAGAGAGAGAGGGCCCGGCCAGCUGGAGUACAUGCUUUAAUCCCCUAAGCAUCCUAGUACUGGGAGUGACCCCCCAGUACUAGGGAUAGCCCCUGAGCACUGCCAGGUGUACCAAAAACAAAAACCAUUUUUUUCAAGUUCUUAUGUUCACCUGUAGCUUGAAUGAAAAUGAGGGGUACGCAUGCACUGAUAAACCACCCCAUCCUCCACAUGUCACGGGUGCUGUCUCUUUGGGCCUCACCUGUCAGGCGCAGUAGUGGCAUCCCGGGUCUCCUGUGGGUCAUCAAAUUACAUCAAGACUGGAAAAUAACAAGCCAACUACUUGCCCUUCCCCAUACAAACCCUACCUCUGCAUGUACACUUCGAUUUGACAGUUUGGGGUAGUAGUAUUAAAAAAUCCUAAUUUUUCUUGGAAAGAGUACCCCUCCCUGUGCCCCUCCCCCCAACGCCCCCACACACCGUGAUCAUUCCUUUCUCUCUAAGCUAGAGCAUCUCACCAGCCAGACUUGGAGACACUCCUACCCAUACCUAGUGUGCAUCCUGGGCAUGGAGCUUGCUAGAAUGAUCCUGCUGCUGUAGCAUUAGGAGACAGAGCCAGUGGGUGUGGCCCUGCAGCCACAGCACAGGACAGCUGCCACCCGUGACAGCAGGCCACAUCCAGAGGCCCGCAGGACGUACACUGAGGUUUCCUGCCCAGCACACACGGGAGGAGAUGCCCGUCAUGCCACUGUCCCCUUCCCCGCCAGCUUCGCUUCCAUCAGCGAGAGCUGCCAUAGAACUAAUCUGAAUCUUUUCUGAACAAUGGCUCCGUAAGAGAGCUCCAAAAAGGGACCUCAAUUGAAAAGACUCAACCCGCUAUUUUGUAGGAUUACUAGAACCUGCAGCCACUUUCUGAGUUGUAUAUAGUAGAGAACUGUGUGUGGAAAUGAGGAAUAAGUAAUGAAUCGCUCUUUUCCCUUUCCUGAGCUUUGGGGCUUGGCCUGUAGACAGACCAACACGCCUGUCCCCAGCCACAGAGCCACUCAGAGGUCAGAACCACUGACCCCUCCCUGUGACGAAGGCCAUGGUGGAAACCACAGAUCCAUCAGGUCACCCCUGUUGCUGCCCCCUUGCUUCUCACUGGGUGGGCGCUUGGCUCUCAUGAGAAGUGCCUAGCAAGCCACCCGUGUGUCUGACGCUGUGGAUUCUUGCCUUCCUACCAAGUGUCUCCAUGUUCGUGACACUCGCUGGGUGUCUGCCGAGCACUGUAUGAAAUGGAGCCUUCAUUCAUUAGGCGUGAGCGCUGGCCCCAGCACUCAGCUUUUUUCCUUUCUAGAUUUUGCUACCAGAGUUGUUUUACCCUUACUGGAUUUGCACUUAUGUUUUUGCUCUGUUGUUUCCCUGUCCCGACACUUUGGCGAGAGUGCCGUGCAAGCCUGUGUAGGGAAAUGGGACACGGCACCUUUUGUGCAAAGAGCUGCUUUUCUGUCAUGAAACCAAGCACAGGACCUUGGUUUCUCCAAAGAACUGGUGCGACUGGAACCUUUAGCUGCCAGGGUAUAUCUGCACUCAUAACUGUGGCUUGUAGGUGACCUAAAAUCGUGUGUCUUUUGAUAUCCUGUCACUCCCCUGAUGUAUUUAUCAUCUGAUUGAAUGAAUUAUGUGAAGGAUCAUAAAAAUCUCAGAACUGGAAGGGAGUGUUCCAAGCACAAAACGCUUUAGCCUUCGCAGUUGUGUAGAGUUAGCUGAGGUGUAAAAAAGAGGCUCUGAAAGUGGAAUUUUCAAGGAACAGUUGUUUUUCACCAUUAACCAGUAAUGGCCGGGAAAUGGGAGGAAUGCCCCCAGCACCUUGAGACAGGGUGCCCUGCAGGAUGCCGCUUUGUCCCUUUGUCAUCAGCCCAGCUGACUCCACUAGACCCUGAGAGGUGAGUGGCUGGUCCCUGUGAGGGAGAGACCUCCUCAGCAGAGACCCCAGACCCACAGACCACCCUUGUGGCAAAAUUGAAGGGAGUCCCGCGUGCCAUGAAACACACUUUGCCUUAUUAAAGUCUAGCCUUGAGCCAGGGGUUGGGGGCGGGGGACCCUCUGCGCCUCCAGCCCUGCUCUCGUGGGACAUCCCUUCCAUAUGUGGAGAUGCCUUGUCAAAGGCAGGACUUGGUUUUGCUUGGCACGAGUCCGUCUGCAAAGCCUAAAGAUUGACUUGGAGGUUUUCAUGUCUUUGGUUGGCCUUGUUCACCGUAGAUGUAUGUGACUUUGUUCACGACAGUUCUAUUCUAGAGGAAAGAGAGGCAUCUUGGGAAAAUGUUCUUAUCCUUCUCUUCUUUGAAAUCAUGUUCUGCUUUAAUUUUUCCUGACGGGAAGGCAGGCGCCUCGCAACCUGACUGGAAAACAGAAAAGCAUAGGAAUGCUGGGCUGCCUGCACUCGCCGUUUCCCUCCGUCAUGCUCACCGUGUGCCAAACUCCCGGGCAGAGGCCACAGACAGGCAGGUGAUUGUUUCAGUACCGGGGAUAAGUCCAGUGGUGGAGUGUCUGGGACCCUGGCCAGCAGGGGGCCACCAGCCCAGCGCUUGAGAAAGGACUUCCCACCUGAGUGUUGGAAGAUGAGUUGGAGUUAGUGAUGUGAGCAGAAAGAGAGAGAAAAACAAAUGGUCCACAGGACUGGAGAGACAGCACUUGGGUUAAGGCACCCGCCUAGCAUGUGGCUGACUCCUGUUCCAUCCCUGGCACCACAUUGGUCCCCUGAGUACCGCCAGGAGUGAUCCCUGAGCCCGGAGCAGGAGUAAGCCCUUAGUUACCAACAUGUGUGCCUGCCUCCCCCUCCCAGUAAGACCCAGGGUCAUGAUUAGGGGCCCAGCGGCCGGGUGUUGCCUUGGCUUGGGCCCCCAACUGCAGGUCCUGGAACCUGAUCCCCAGAACCUGGCACCUGGGUGCCAUGGCCGCAGCGGAGGCCAUACACACCACACAUGGGCAUUGGCUCAGAAGCUCAUCCAAGUUUUCCUGCCAUUGAGGCUAUCAGAUGCUCUAGAAUUGUUCCUUAAGGAGAUGCAGGGUCGCCCCAUUCUGCGCUCGGCACAGCCCUACAUGUGGUAGGCUCCUGCAGACCCUUGCUCGUGCAGCCGUAGCAGUGCUGCUGCCCAGAUUCCCUGGCCCACAGGCAGGCUGGGCUCAGCUGCCCCCUUUGUAGGAAGGAAUGCAGGGGAGAGUGUUGCGAACAGCUGUGGACUUGCAUCAGCACCAGGCCUCCCUGCGCACAGCAGGCGGUGCAGCCCUCUGUGUCCUUCUUGACCUCACACUGGUCUUGCCAGUGACGGGUCAUUUCAGUACAGCACAGCAGAUGUACUCAGCCCUUGUGACAGGGGCAUACACCAAAUGGGAAGGAGCGAAAGGUUUUCUCUGUGCAGGGACACUAGAAAGGGCCCGGCACCUCCUGGGAGUCCCAGCCCAUCCAGAAUACACCACAGAUCUUGGUUGGUUCCUGUCUGCCCUUACACCCAUUUGCCUUUUCUUUGAAUGCCCAAGCGGCAUCAUUCUCAUCACUUAAUUCAGGAACAUCCAUGUUCAUCGGUGAGCAUUCGUGCAGCUUUACAGCCAAGAACUCGGCCACUCCUCAGGGUUUGCUCCUAAUUUUGCCUUUAAACAUUAUCCCUUUCACCAAGUAGCCUAGAAAUCUGUCAGAAAUUGGGCUGGGAUUCUUCCUCUGUGCUUCCUGUGUUCUGUGUUCCUCACACCUUGUCAGAGACAAGGAAAGGAAGUUCAUGAGCCAAGGUUGACUUUGAGGAUCCUUCUUCAGUCCUGUGAUCCUGUGAUCACUCACACACACACACACACACACACACACGCACACACACACGCACGCAUGCACGCACGCACCUGCCUGAACUCUGCUCUCACUCACAUAUCUACAGUGUCUUGGUCUCCGUCCCGGGACGUGAGUUGCUCUCUUCCUUUCCUGCUAGCACCUCGCAGGUUUGCAAAGGAUAGCAAAGGAGGAAGUUUGUGUUAUGGUACCACCUCCUUAAAACAAAUACCUCAGAGUGUUCGCCUUUGUGAGUCAAAAAGUAGGUCUGACUUUCUUGGGUGAGAAGGUGGCAAGGAAUUUCAGCUGGGUUUAAAAGUCAGAUUUAGAAUCAGACCUUGAUGUUUCUGUGUGAUUCUUUUAUUUUCUGUCUUGGUUCUCAGGGACUCGUGAGAAGGUGGCUGUAAUCAAAAAGGGAAAAAGGUGUCUGUUUCUCUAAGUAUUUCAUGUAUCUACACUUUGCCCCCAUUUUGGUGAAUGGCAGCCUUAUGUCAGUAAUGUACAUGCCAGUGUGAACUAUGGACCAAACUCCUCAUGUCAUCAAGACCUCUGUGCUCACGUGUGUUGUUUGGUACUUCCUUUGCUUUGUGAGUGACUUCCUUCUAGCCUGCUGUCAUUUUGCAAAAGAGAGCCCUCGUCUGAGAAGAACAAAAACUGCUCUGAGCCGGACAGCAGCAAGGACAGUGCUGGCCCUUGGUGUCCACCCCCACGCCACUCCUAACCACGGACCAGCCGCCACCACCCUCCACGCUGCCCUCCGAGCCCGCCGAGGCAGCCUGUUGCUCUCGGCUCCGUUUUCAUUCUUCUUUUGAAAUGAGACUCUCCGAGGGCUGAGAACGGCACGAGCCUCAAGCUGGAGCAGAUUUCUCUGAUGUGACCCUCUGCAGUGGGCAUGCCUGGCCCUCCUGUCCUCGCCUCUCCAACCCGUCCUGCCACUGACUUCCUGAAUGUGACUGGGGGGAGGAACUGUCCUCCAGGGUCAAAUGUCUGUUCCGGCUCUGUGGCCAGCUGCUGCUGAUGCCGCGGGUGUGCAGGAACCCUCCCUCCCACUGUGCUCAUGAACUGACAUGUCCUUGUAACUGUUCCCAGUGUCCAGAACAAUCCAUGCAGCGUUGCCUCCGUGGCUUAAAAUAAAUCUCUGGAAACCG